UAUAUUACAAAAAAAACCAUUAUCCGCACACCAAUACCUGCGCGCACUCAUUUGCAAGUGACUUUGCGAUAUAUAGCUUCUAGCAUGACCUCAAUAUCGUUUGCUUUUCGUAAUGCGCAUAAUACUGUUUCCAAAAUUGUCUCCGAAACUUGCGACGUUAUUUGGAAUUCUUUUAAAGACGAAGUAUUUCUACAACCGAGUACAGUUAACUGGCAAAACAUCGCAGAAAACUUUGAAAUAUUUGUCAGUUCAACAACUAUUGGGGUUAUUGAUGGAAAACAUGUUGUUAUACAGAUGCCACCAAAUAGUGGUUCUACAUAUUAUAAUUAUAAAGGACAACACAGCCUCGUUCUUCUUGGAAUAAGCUCACAACUAUUUUACUGUUGUGGAUAUUGGUAGCGCAGGAAGACAAUGUGAUAGUACAAUUUUUCAAAAUAGUGAGUUGAGUAAGGGAUUCUACGAUGAAUCGCUUCAAUUACGUUUGCAAAAUAUGUUAUGAAUAGUAACAUAGAAUUGCCAUAUGUAUUAGUCGCAGAUGAAGCAUUCCCGUUAACUACAUUUAUGAUGAAGCCAUAUCCACGAAAUAAUCUUGACACAAGAAAAAAGUGUUCAAUUAUAGAUUAAGCCGCGCUAGACGAUCGAUAGAAUAGAGCAUUUGGAAUACUCGCUGCACGAUGGAGGAUAUACGGAAAACCAAUAUUUGCUUCUGUAUAUACAGCUCGAAAAAUUAUUCAGGCAACAACUGCUGUGCAUAACUUUAUAAUAUCUACUGAAAGGGAUUUAGAUGUACCACAACUACAGUAUUCGAAUUUUACUGCGCAAGACCGUGCAGUAGUAUUUGAAGGUUUGAGAAAUCUACCAAGAAAUCGCUCUUCAAAUCUUAUUGCAGCUAAAAAAAUUAGAGAAGAUUUUGCAAACUUUUUCAAUGGAAUUGGCGCGU